AUGAAGCUUCUCUACCCGAACACGCUGAAGCUCGAUCCCUCAGCCAUCGCAGGCUUUCCCACUGUGACUUUGCAUCUGUAUGACGCCAGAGCACCGACCAUCCCCGAUGAGCUUCUUGACGCUGAAAUCCUCGUUACCUGGGCCAACUCUCCUGCGAAUUUGAAGUUUGCCGCGCAAAACAUGCCCAACCUGCGCUGGAUCCAGUCCCUGGCCGCAGGUCCCAACGAUGUCCUGAACGCCGGCUUCGACCGCUCCCGCAUUACCGUCACGACAGGCUCUGGCCUACACGAUCGCACCGUCGCCGAGCAUACUCUCGGCCUGCUUCUCAACGCCGCCCGUCGCUUCUACGAAAUGCGCGAUUACCAGCUGCAGGGCAAGUGGCCUGGUCAUCUGGGCGGCCCACAGCCCGACCGCGAGAAAGGGACCUUCCGGACGCUGCGAGAUGCGAAUGUGUUGGUUUGGGGUUUCGGAAAUAUCGCCAAGUGCCUGACUCCGCUGCUGACUGCACUGGGGGCUCGAGUGCGUGGCGUCGCGAGACGGGCAGGUGUCAGGGCUGGGGUCGAGGUAUUUACCGAGGAUAAGUUACCCGACUUGCUGCCAGAGACAGACGCAUUGGUCAUGAUUUUGCCGGGUGAUCCCUCGACAAGACAUGCAUUGAACAAAGAGCGCUUGGCCUUGUUGCCUAAGCAUGCCUGGGUGGUCAAUGUGGGACGUGGGACGUCAGUGGAUGAAGACGCGCUGUUCGAAGCACUUGAGAAGGGUGAGAUUGGCGGCGCCGCUCUCGAUGUGUUCGAGACGGAGCCUCUACCGGAAGGUGACAAGUUGUACAAGGCUCCAAACCUGAUUCUGUCCCCUCAUGCCGCUGGCGGAAGGCCGCAAGAUAGCGAGGAGCUGAUCGUGUACAACUUGAGGCGGUUCCUAGCUGGCCAAGAUCUCCGCAACAUCAUCUAA